AUGUCAUCGCCUCCAUCCCCCCCAGCGGCCUACGAACAAGCCCACGUGCACGCCGUCUACGAAGCCAUCGCGCCUCACUUCAGCGCGACGCGCCACAAGCCCUGGCCCUUCGUCCAGCAGUUCCUCACGUCCCUCGCCCCCGGCAGCGUCGGGCUCGACGUCGGCUGCGGCAACGGCAAAUACAUCCCCGUCAACCCGACGCUGCACAUGCUCGCGUCGGACCGGUCCCCCUCCCUCGCGCGGCUCGCCCGCGCCGAGCGCGCCGCCGACGUCGUCACCGCCGACGGCCUGUCGCUCCCCUACCGCCCCCGCUCCGUCGACUUCGUCAUCUGCAUCGCCGUCGUGCACCACCUGUCCACGCGGCAGCGGCGGCGCGACGCCCUCGCCCAGAUGCUCGGCUGCCUGGCCCCGCGCGGCAGGGCCCUCGUCUACGUCUGGGCCCUGGAGCAGAGGGCCAGCAGGAGGGGGUGGGACGAGUCCUCGCGCCAGGACACGCUGGUGCCGUGGGUGACGCUGCGCAAGGGCGCCCAGCCCGACGAGACGCACCACCGCUACUAUCACCUGUUUAGGGAGGGCGAGCUCGAGGAGGACGUUGUUGCCGCCGGCGGCGAGGUUUGCGACAGGGGCUAUGAGAGGGAUAACUGGUGGGUCAUCUUUGGGCAUACGAGGUGA